CCGGUAAGAUGGCGGCGCUGUGGGCUGUGCAUGCUGAGCGGCUGUGAGAGUGUGUCUGCUCCCGGGGCCUCAGCCAGAGAGCGCACUGUGCAGUGAACCACCUGACCUCAUACAUUUCUACAAAUAUAUUGAAUCACGGAUGAUCACGUAUGGUAAUUUCACAGACGAAUCCUCCCUCGAUCAUUACUAGUGUAUCACCAUCAAACAUCGUUUUCUUCGGACAUAUUAAAUCUCGACAAAAUGCGUAAGUGUAUGGUUAAUGGCUGCAAAAGCAAGGAUGGAACUCCCGGAUUCCAAUCGAAACUUUACGCGUUGCAUCAAUUUCCAAAUUCGGCGGAAAGGAUAAAAGCAUGGCUGCAAGCUAGUGGCGACUAUUUUGACAAUAUUGAUGCUGUCGUUCAAUAUAUCAUGCAGCGUAGAGGCAAAAGCUACUUUCGUAUCUGUUCUGAACAUUUUGAAUCCGAUAUGUUUGUUUCUGGUACCAGAACCAACUUGUGUUUGAAAAGUUAUGCAGUACCAACAAAAUUUCCAAGGCCCAGCGUCUUAUCUAUUGUGAACGAGUUGGCCCUUGUGUCAGAGGAAAGUAAUCCGGAUGUUGAAAUGGACGAGCCUGUUGACCCAUCAGUCCGAAGUGCUAGUAAACCUACUUCAUUUGCGUUUGAUCACAAUUAUUUAACGGAUUUCAGCUAUACAAUAUCAAACCCAGGAAAAUGUUUCAGCGUACACACAAACACUGAUAUUAUCCAGAAAGCAAAUAGAGGAACUUCUACGUCUCAUUUCCUUGGCCGUAGGAAUGCUUCCGCUCAAACUAUAAAUAUCAUAAGCAAAAAACAUGUAUCAACCUCAACAUGGAACUUGGUCAAAUGUAAAGACGCCUAUACGUGGAUUGAUGUAAGUGAUGAAGCUAUAGAUCCACUUGCCAAAAAUUCCAUCACAAAUGACUUUUCACAAGCUCCCCCAAAAAAGUUUUCUAAAGCAAAAUCUCAACGAAAGAAAUUGCCUAAACCAGAAACGUUGGCUACAGAGGAAAUGGAUGUUGAUUUUUUACCAGCAAUACAACCUCGAACAGUCGGUGAAAGUCAUUUUACACCUGUGUCACGAACCUCUUCUGCAUUAAGGGAUCAAGAAUUGGAUGCAGCUAUGUUUAAUAUUGACUCGAUUAAUCCCGAUUUCCUUCCUGAAAAUCACUCUACAGAUAUAGAAUUUGUAACCGAGCCCACCCCGGAUGUUUCUGUUGCUGAAAGAAAAUUUAUAGUUUUUGAGACAUGUCUCGAUCAGCUGUUACGUUCUGUCCAAACGUGUAAAUUCCCUGUUAAAUGCACCGCUCCGAUAAUAGAUAUAGAGAAGAGUACAUCUGGAACUCUGCUUACCGUGUACACAGUUUGCAAAAAGAAACAUCGUUGUCUAUUUUGGAAAAGCCAGCCGAUGGUUGGCAGAAAAUCAUGCGGCAAUAUACUGGCUAGCGCCGCAAUAGUGUUCAGUGGUUCUGAUUUUAAGAAAGUAUAUGAACUCUUUGAAAUCUUUGGGGUGCAGUUUAUUUCAAUAACGACUCAUCGUGCAUACCAACAAAAUUAUUUGUUCCCAAUAGUGAAUUUAUACUACCGUAAAGAAAGAAACCUUAUUUUAAGCAGUCUGAAGGGACGGGUAUUGUCCCUUUCUGCAGAUGGGCAAUGUGACAGUCCGGGUUAUGGUAAGAAAUAUUGCACUUAUUGCAUAGUGGAGAAAAGUACACAAAAAAUAAUAGAAUGCAACACAAUUCAAGUGAGUGAAAGCUCCUCGUCCAGCUCAAUGGAGUCAUUGGCAUUCUCUACGUGUAUGGAAAACGUUUUAGCGGAAAGACUCAAUAUUGGAGUUUUGGUGACGGACAGGCAUGAAAUCAUUAGAAAAAUAAUGAUGGAGGAAUAUAAACAAAUUAACCAUCAGUUCGAUGUCUGGCACUACUGCAAGAGCUUACGCAAAAAACUUGAAAACCUAGCAAGAGAUCCAACGUGCAAAGAGCUUGUUCCGUGGACUAAUGCCAUAGUAAACCAUUUUUGGGCAUCCUGUUAUCUUGGCAAGGGCAAUCCUGACUUACUUAGAGAGAGGUGGGUCUCCGUUCUUCACCAUAUCACAAAUGUGCACGAAUGGGAAUCUGAAAAUGGAAUCAAACGAUGUUCCCACAAAGAAAUGUCAGAAUCUGAAAACCAGGAGCGAGCAAGAAUCUGGAUCUCAAGAAAUGGAGUGGCGCAUUCAAAACUUGGAAUCUUUGUAAACGACGGAGAACUUCGGAGUGAUUUAAAACAUUUGACGGAGUUUGGCCACACAGGAAGCCUAGAAGUCUACCAUAACUUGCUUUUAAAAUAUUGUCCUAAGCAAACAAACUUUUCGAUAGAUGAUGUGUUGGCCAGGGCAAAAUUAGCUGUAUUGGCUCACAACGCCAGUAUAGAUAGACCUCCGGACACAGACCAGCCAAGUCAUGAAGAUACAGAGCAAGUUGGUCAUUUGCGACACAAGCCAUUUUACUUAAAAAGAGCAAAAAUUUGUCAAGUCAAAAAAUUGUGUGGAGCAACGUAUUUUGACCACAUUUUUCCAAUGAUGGUUGAUCUAAUCAGACUGGCUUCAGGAGAAAUUGAUAUUUAACGGAGUGCGAUAAGCAUUUGAACUUUCGCCUAAAUAUUCAACUCCUUGAGCGACAACGGGAUUGAAUGAAAACACAAAACAAAACAAAAAUUGUUCGCACUUUACAAUCUUUCACAUUAAUAUUGGUUGACUUUUUAACACAGUUUGUUUUGGUCCAGGAAUGUUGCUCCCUUGUUUUCAUGUCAUCACUUUGAGAGAUAUAUCCCAUGUGUCUGAUAUGAAAUGGAGUUACACUAUGAAGCUGCAAGUGGCUGUCUAUGAGUGUAACCCCCACCAAUCUCAGACCGAGUGGGAUAUGUUUUUACAGUGCUGACAUGACAUCAGAGACCAUGAUGCAAUGCUUUAUAAACAAAGGAUAGUCCGGCCAUCUUUCUUUUUUUUUUUUCUUUUUUUUUUUUUCAAUCUCUCAUGUUUUAACUAGAACUGUGCCUUUGUCAAGUUGUACUUUGACAAAAGGCUAGAAAUGGCCGCAGCCUUACUGAGGACACGUGGGGCAAAAUAAAAUUGCUGUUCUGUCCUUUCUUGUGCUGUUUAUGUAUGUUUUAUAUUGACAGCCUAGGCGAUACUACAAUGAACGCUGGUUGAAUUUUUUAUUUUAUUUUGUGAAAAUCUUGUUUCACGGGGAGUAAUUCUUCUGAUGACACAAACCUUACCUUUUUUUUUUUUGGUGUCUGAUAAUUUGAUCUUCCUGUUGGUAGAUAUGUCAUUCUCCUUGUCCCACUGACUGUCUGAGGGGGGCUCUCAUAGUUUCACUCUUUCUCCAAAUCUAAAAAAAAAUUCAUUUGUGUCCACUCCUUAGUACACUGAGUAUAUUAUCAGACGCUAUUCUAGUUUAAAGUAAAUAAAUCGUUACUCUGUGCCAUACAUGCAGUUUCCAGUGUUUUAGUACUUGCUGCCACCUCUUUCAGUAUGUUGUUGAAAAUCCCCUUAGUUAAUAAAUACUGUUAAUUAGCCAUUUUUGUGUUUAGUGGAUAAACCACUUGGUUAAUAUUGAAAUUUUACUUUGUACGCUUUGUAGCUCUGGUUAUAUGAAAUAUACUUUUGUGAUACCAGACGGUCUUUAA